AUGGUCACAUUCAGGCCGCUCUCUCAAGAUGAUGGAGUUUAUCAGUCGUUGAUUGAACUAGACGAGGGCAGGCUUCGAAUAUUACUAGAUGUGGGAUGGAAUACGCUUCUCGAUGCGGAUCUGAGCCACCUUGUCAAUAUCACAGACAACAUCGAUCUUAUUCUGCUAACCCACGCUACUCUUUCUCACCUUGGAGCAUAUUGUUAUUUAUGCCAUUUGUAUCCUGAAUUCGGCCGUAUUCCUACUUAUGCGACAAUCCCUGUAGUGAAUAUGGGGCGCAUGGUUACUAUUGACAGCUACAGGGCCAAAGGGAUAGCUGGACCAUUCCCCAGAGCCGUCAUGUCCACUAACGACAUCGAUGAUAUUAUGGACCGCGUGAAGACUGUAAAAUACUCUCAACCCAUGUCUAUCAGUGGACGUAGCCAGGAGAUUUCUAUCACCGCUUUUAAUGCUGGUCAUUCCAUUGGUGGUACUAUUUGGAAGAUUGUUGACGAUCUGAGCACAGUAAUUUUCGCGGUCGAUUGGAAUCACUCGCGCGACAGUCAUCUCAAUGGUGCAUUUCUUGAACCCAGCGGUCAAAUUAACGAGCAGCUCGUAAAACCCAACGUGCUCGUGACAUCCUCGUACGUCUCAGGUGGUAAAUCGCUCAAGGCAAACCGGGCCCGCCUGCUCGAGGACGUUACCACCGUAGUUUCUCGUGGAGGCUCGAUCUUACUCCCCACUUCUGCUGGCAGUCGUGUAUUAGAGCUCUGUACAAUCAUCGACAAGCACCUUGCUCAAGAAAAUAUCCAGGUUCCAUUGGUCCUGUUGAGCAAUGUUGGCAAACGCAUUUUGACCUAUGCAUCUUCAAUGUUGGAAUAUCUGCAGUCGGCAAUCAUUGACGAAUGGCAAGUGCGUAACGACUCUCCAUUUGAAACGGCUCGUAUUCUGUGCGUCGAUACAAUGGAGCAAGCCAACAAUAUCGUUGGACCCAAAAUUGUGUUGGCGACCGGUGAAGCCCUCGAAACCGGCCUUUCGAAAAAUGCUUUCCAGAGAUUUGCAGAGCAGCCUGACUCGGCGGUAAUUCUCACAGAGUAUUGCCAAAAUCGUACUCUCGGUAAACUAGUCUAUGAUUUAUGGAAGGAGAAUACGGGCGACAAGGAAAUGCUCAAGCAGUUCACCCUCCGAAUACCUCAAGUUCAUAUAACAGAAGCUGUCCCUCUGGAAGGUGUCCAGCUAGCCGAGUACAACCAAAAGAUUGAAGAAAUGCAAAUGGAAAAAAAUAUACAAGAAGCUCUGGAUCGAAGAAAUAAAGAGAUUUUGGAGACUAUUGAAAGCGAUUCUAGUGAUGAGGAGCAAGACGUCCAAGUGGUUACUGGACAAGUAGAAAUGAACAGAUUUCUGGCUGGCGACGGGUUUCACGAUCUAGAAAUCGGACAGGAAAAGUCUAGGUUGUAUAUGUUUCCCCAUGUCCAACCCAAAAAACGUGCCGAUGACUACGGUGAACAAUUGGCAAGUGGACAGUUUGAGCAACCAGCUGAUGAGUAUGGAGCUAAUGGAACUGAUACCGAUGUUAAAAUGGAAGAAUCAGAUACCAUGGGGUUGGGCCCAUCCAAUACUUGGAAGGAAGAGCAGAGAGCUCCUCCCGAGCCGCCGCUAAUACUCCGGGGAGCCGAUUUUGAUUUGAAAGUUUUAUGCUCUAUCGAUUACAUUGACUUUAAUGGUCUAACAGAUAUGAGAUCCCUAAAUAUGAUUUUACCUCAAGUGCAGCCAUCAAAGCUUGUUGUAUUGCCGGGAAAUGACAAUGUGAUCAAGUCUCUGCUGAAGUUGAAGCUGGAUACAAGCAUUGGGAACGAAGAUGUCACUACACAGCAACUAAAUCAUGCUAUCUCGUUGAAAAUUGACCCGGAACUGGAAAAAUCAUUGCAAUGGCAACGAGUUCUGGGUAGAUUCUCCGUCGCGCAUGUGACAGGCGAGUUAGAGUUUCCCAGAGAUAGUGACAUGCAGGACGAUGAUAGGGUCCCUAAACCUUCAUAUCGGCAAACUGAAGCUGUGCUAAAAUCUAUUCCUGGAUUCCAUCCUUACACGCAAGCCCCGAUUUGGGUAGGCGACAUCCGGCUAAUCGAAUUAAGGAAAUCGUUGAUCGGAGCAGGGUUCCAAGCUGAAUUCAGGGGACAGGGUGUAUUGGUAUGCAAUAAUAAAGUUACAGUGACAAAACUCUCGGAGGGAAAUUUCCAUAUCGAAGGCGGGUUAGAGCCAGAGUUUUAUGCCACCAGAGCUGCCAUUCGCGCUUCUCUUGCCGCAGUAUAA